UCCAUUUACCUAGAAGCGAAGGGGGAGAGAGACAUAGCUGGGGAAUAGAGAGAGAGAGAGAGCGGCUUGUAUGUAACAGUACGUUCGGUUCUGGCUGUGGGAACUGGGAUGAAACAAAAUUUAAAGUAAAUGUCCCAUUUCUUCCUACUUUGUACUUUCCUUUCGUGUUCCCUUCACUUUUGAUAUCAACCAUGUGUGGAAGCUUCAUUUCAGCUGCGUGGAGAAAGAAGGAGCUUUGAGGACUUUUCAAAAUCCCUUGCAACUGUUAAAUACUUUUUCUGUAUGGAAGAAAAACUGACUAGAGUGAGUUCUGCUUUGGAGAUCGUUUUGUAACGCGCGUCUGGAUGGGAUAAAAACGCACCGCAACUGGGCGACAGGCACCAAGAGGUCCACAACGCGAGACUACCGACAAGUAUAUACUGCAGAGAAAAGAAUCUGCUUCUUGUGCUGAAAAGGAAAAGAGCGGGAUAGGCUUUACAGCGAAGAUCGGGGACGUUGAGUAUCUGUGGACGCACUGUGGCGCACAAAUGGUAUUUCUGUGGGACGCGAAAUACGACCCAGCCCCUGGCCGGCGUUACACUCCCCCCUCCACAACCCUCACCUCUGGAGGGAAAAAGGCCGAGGCCCUGCCACUGGGUGCCCAGGAGGCUGGAGGCGGGGCUGCUCUGGUGGGCAAACUACGCAUGGCAGACCGCGGCAUGGUGGAGGUGAUCUCAGAUCAUCCAGGAGAGCUGGUGAAGACAGACAGUCCUAACUUCCUCUGUUCUGUGCUGCCUACUCACUGGAGGUGUAACAAGACUCUGCCUAUUGCUUUUAAGGUGGUUACCCUGGGCGACAUCCCUGAUGGCACCUUGGUAACAGUGAUGGCAGGAAAUGAUGAGAACUACUCAGCAGAGCUUCGUAAUGCCACGGCUGCCAUCAAGAACCAAGUGGCUAGAUUCAAUGAUCUCCGCUUUGUUGGCCGCAGUGGAAGAGGGAAGAGUUUCACUUUGACCAUCACAGUGUUCACCAAUCCCCCUCAGGUGGCCACAUACCAGAGAGCCAUUAAAAUUACAGUGGACGGUCCUAGAGAGCCACGACGUCAUCGUCAGAAGAUGGACGAGGGCAAACCUGGCUCUCUGGCUUUCUCUGAGAGAUUAACAGAGCUGGAGCAGUUGAGACGGAGCUCGAUGAGGGUGACACCUCCUCACCAUCAUCACCAUCAGCAUUCGGCUAAUAGUCGCCAAUCUGCAGCACUCAACUCUGCCACAUUCUCCAGCCCCACACUCCCUCAGAUAACCACUGACUCCAGACAGAUGCAGCCAUCUCCAUCUUGGUCCUAUGACCAAUCAUAUCCCUACCUUGGCCAAAUAACAACACCCACUGUGCACACAGCCAAUCCCCUUUCACCUAAUCGCUCUUCACUCAGUGAAUUAUCUUCACGACUCACAGGUCCUGACCUCACAGCCUUCAGCGACCCCAGGAUGACCUUAGAGCGACCUUUCACUUCCCUUCCUUCCCUGCCUGACUCCCGCUUCUCUGACCCGCGGGUCCACUAUCCUCCAACAGCGGCUGCAUUCACCUACAACCCUUCCCACAACCCUGUCUCCAACAGUGCCCUUGGCAUCACCAUGGCAACAGCCAUGGCGACUACCCCAGCUGGGAGAUAUCACACCUACCUGCCUCCUCCUUAUCCUGCAAACACCCCCCACCAGGGUCAGAAUGGGCCAUUCCAGUCCACCUCCUCACCCUAUCACCUGUACUACUCCACCGCUGCAGGAUCAUACCAGUUCUCCAUGAUGGCCGGAGGAGGUAGCAGUGAUUCACGCUCCCCACCAAGGAUCCUACCACCCUGCACCAAUGCCUCCACAGGCUCAUCCCUCCUGCACCCUACUUUGCCCAGUCAGAAUGAAGGAAUAGGUGUAGAGGUGGAAUCCAGCCACAGUAGCUCCCCAACAAACAUGGCAGCUGCUGAAGCUGUCUGGGAGACCUUACUGAACCAGGACACACUGGAUGGGACCUACUGAACAUGUGAUGGUGGACACUGAACACCACUGAGCGCAUAGUCAAAAAUACAUUCUGACGAACUGACAUGAGGGAUAACAAAAGUCCAGCAACACUUGCAGUGUUUUGAGCAACUUCAAUAAGAAGACCAACACCUUUAUACACUGAAGGUUGGUCUUCUUGUUAAAGCUGCUCGAAACACUGCGAGUGUUGCUGAACUUUUUGUUUUCCAGUUUGUUUUUCUUUGUAUGUGCAUCUUGGCAGUGGCUGGAGUUGUGCCAGAACUUUUUGCUGUAUCUAGAGUGACAUGAGGGGCCAUAAUACAGAUAACACUCAAAUUGAACCCACAACUCCUGCUUAUAGUUAAGGGAUUUUUCAAUUGUCAACAAAUUCCAUGAAAGGACCCAAACCUACAGUAUAUGGUCACAAAUACUGUGUAUAAUUUAUUCCUUUUUUAUUGUGUAUAGACAGGGUAGGUUCUCUGUGAGGCUGCCUCUCUUUUGCAGGAGCACCCUGGAAGCUGCCUAGUACAACCAUAAUUUGACCUGCUGGCCACUGAGCAGCUAGGGGUUAAAUGGUAUUAACUUUGCUCCAUGGUGUUAAUGAGUUAGGGGAAAGCGUGGCUACAUUUCUGACCGAGCGGCAACCUCCGAGGCUGACAAAUGGAGCCAACGCCUAAGUGUUAAAACACGAAUGUCUAUUUGACCCUGGGUCCAAAAGGGAGUCUGUCUCCAUAGACUCCCAUGUUCACCUAUUUAAAUUAUAUUAAGGUUAAGAGUUAUGUAUAAUUAGGGGCAUGACUAUUUUGAGUGACAGGCAGGAGGGUCCUGGCUGUUAGCUGUCUAGCCAGCUCCACUCACGCUCAUUACUUUGCCCAGUUUUGGAACAGCCAGAGUUAGGUGGAGUGCAUCAUUACCAUGAUGGCGACCGUCAGACUUGAGCUUCAAAAUUGCCUUUCAGAAAGCCAAGGGGUGACAUCAUGGUCGAUUUGUCCCCUAGAUUUAAUUCUGCCACUCUGGGUAUUGAACUAGUGACCUUCUGGUCAUAAGCUAGCUUCCAUAACCUUUAGGCCGGUGACUCAGAAAACAGCCCAUUACUGCAGUUUUAAAAAAAAAAUGCUACUCAAUAGUAAGGAAAGAAAUAAUGAAUUCUUGGUAACAUUUUUCAGCCACAGAUUAAUUCACAUUUGGUGUACUACUGAGUCCAACAGUGGCACAGAAGAGAUAUGAGUUUGUGGAUACAGACAGUACUUGUUAGUAGCAUAAAUUCAUUGUUGGCUUUGGUCUGGACGUGGGACUGGAACGCGAAUAUAGACAGACUUAUCCUUCAAGGGAGAUAGUCAAAUUCAAACUUAGGCAUGUACCAUAAUGUUUGGUUGAAGAAAACUGCAUUUUCUGACAAGAUAAAUUAUUUUACUUUUUUCCCCAAUCAAUGCUCCCAAGAACAACUGCUAGUUAAUAACUGAUGGGAACUUCAACACAUCAACAGUGAGCAUGGAGAAAACAAAAUCCAUAAAAUCCAUAAAAGCUCUAUAUUGGUUGUCACCUACUGAAACACCCCACCCUCACCACCACCAACAACUGAGUGUGGUGAGUGGACCAACUCAGUAAGAGACACAGGACUCCAUAGAUGAUCUAUGAAAUCAAGGCCACAAGUGGAGAGAAGCAGGGUCACAUUUUGGUAUUACACUGACAAAGCGUGUCCAGUAGCACUGGACUAAUCUCUGUUGAGCUUCCUUUGUAAAAAUAAAUGUUGUUGGUGUUGUGAAUAGAUGAUUUGCUCAUGCCAAAUACUUUGGUAACCUGUUUGCGUUUAUCAUCACCCCUACAUCUAUCUUUGUUUCCCCUCUACUCCUCUCAUUCUUGGUUGACAUUUGUUAGAGCUGAGUGUAUCACCUCCCGAAGAAAUAAUGAUGUUUUUCAUAGCCCCUGUAACCUAGACUUUACCCCAGAUUACAUACUUAUCCCCCAUCCAUCAAAAUAAUUGACAGGUCUUAACUAUCAUCAGGUUUUUAUUGUCCUUAUUUUUAGCAACUGUUCCAUUUUACAUUUAGAUUACAUUCAUUCACCAGAUGAUUUGAGUCCCUGUUAUUUUAUAUAUCAAGCAAAAUUUGGGGCUCAGUGUCUUACCGAAGGGCACCAACAUGAAGGGCUUGAAGUGUCCUUGACACUGAUCCCUAGACUGCUCUACACAGGUUAAGAAAGAUGACUGAGUACAUAUUUAUUACAGAGUGCCCAAACCAAACUGGAUUCUACUGAGAGGCUUUGGUCAGGUUUCUCAAGUUGAAGGUGACUGAUUUUGGCUUCCAAACCCUGAGAACACUGAGAAAUCACCACAGUAUGAAGACACACAAUAGUUUUAUUUUGUCAU